AUGGCGAGAAAUUUUGGAUUUGGUGACAAAUGGAUUAGGUGGAUGAAAGAUUGUAUUUCUAUAACUAUGGUGUCAGUUCUUGUUAAUGGUGCACCUACAAAGGAGUUUCAGCCACAAAAGGGGUUAAGGCAAGGGGAUCCUCUUUCUUCAUUCUUGUUCAUUAUUGCUGCAAAAGGGCUUAACCUAUUACUAGCUAGGGCUAAAGUACAGGGAUUAUUUAGGGGUGCUAAUGUUGGUUCCAAUGAUGUGAGUGUCUCACAUCUUCAAUUUGCUGAUGAUACUAUUAUAUUCUAUGAAGGGGAUAAUGAGGAUAUUUUGAACAUUAAGAGGGUGUUGAGAUGUUUUGAAACGAUGUCUGGGCUCCCUUUAGGAGCCAAUCCUAGGAAACAGAGUACUUGGAACCCAGUUGUGCAGAAGGUGAAGAAAAAGUUGUCCUCUUGGAAGAGGAAGCUACUAUCUUAUGCUGGGAGUCAAGUUGCAGUCAUCUUUUCUGUGGAAAAGAAUGUUAAUAAAAAGAAAAUGCACUUGGUCAAAUGGAAGGAGAUCACAAAAAGUAAAAGUCAAGGAGGUUUGGGUCUGAGAGAUUUAGGAGAGGUGAAAGAAUGCUUGUUAUUAAAGUGGUGGUGGAGGUAUGGCAAUGAAGAUAUAGCUUUAUGGAAAACUGUGGUUUGUUCGAGGUAUGGUAGGAAUGGAGGAGGUUGGCUUCCAGCUCUGAGCCUUUCAGGUGGGAUGUCCAUAGUUUCGUUGGACAUUGUGAAACUUCUCUUAGUAAAUCAGCAAUUGGGUGAGUUCUAUGGUGAUCAUUUUAGAAUUAAGGUUGGAAAUGGAGGGAGAAUCAUGUUCUAG